UCCAAUAUGGCGGACGGAGGGGGAUCAACAGAGGACAAGGAUUUUGCAGGAUUUCUCUUCCAAGGGAGCGACUUUGAGGCACUUGAGUCUUUAGACCCUGCCUUUACAACACAAUCUAGCAAGACAGACACGUUUAGGGCUCGUCAUGUUUCAGAAACGGUUGAUAUUGAGCUUGAUUUACCAGAAGUUGAAAAUAUUCCAACUCUUGAAAGCAUUCUCAAUGAGAAAGAUGAUGAUGCAAUGGGACUGGAGUCUGAUCCUGAAUUAGCCUCAAUURUACAUGAUGAAGCUUUGUUAUCUCCUCUUGAUUUUGACUUGGUAUCAAAGAAGGAAGAGAAAAGCAAACAUGGUGUUAUCUUGCGGCACAUCAUACUUAAGAAUGUGUCUUCACAGUUGGUGUCAGCUUGUUCUAAAGUUGAUGCAGGAUUACCAACAGCAAUGGCAGUYUCAACUGUGAUAGCCAUUGGAACAUCUCAUGGUCUCAUCCUAAUCUUUGAUCCUAAACAAACGUUGAAGCUUGUUCUUGGCAAUACAUCACUGGGCGGAGAGUAUGGAGCUGUAACUGCAAUGGGUAUCAAUGAAGACUGCACUAGGUUGUUAUGUGGUCAUGCCAGGGGKCAAAUUAUAAUGUGGGACUUACAGACUGGCAAGUUACUCAGGACUAUUCUAGAUGCUCAUCCCCUGGGUAGUGCUGUCCUCCAUAUUGUGUUCACAGAUGAUCCUACUGUUGCUAUUUGCAGUGACAGUGGUGGAUCUGUUUUUAUUUUGAGCUUCAAGAGGCUGAUUGGAGUAAGAAGCUAUGAAUCAACCUGUCUGUUCUCUGGAAGUCGUGGUGAGGUUUGCUCAUUGGCACCUCUUCGUUUGCAUACUGGAAUGAAGGAUCAUUUGAUGAAUGAAUAUUCUUUGCUUGCACUUGCUACACUGACAAAGGUCUUGGUUCUGACAUUAAAGCCAAACAUGGAAGUGUUGUUUACUCAUCCUUUAAGGGGUCCUCCCGAUUCUCUUCCUCUAGUUUGUUGGCAGUUUGCUAUUAUUCAGGUCGCAAAGAAAAAGGUGAUUGAUCCAGUUCUUGCAUUUGCCAGAGGAACCAGCAUCUACUUUUUCCAGGCACAUUGCAGUGAAAGUAAAAACAUCAAAUUCAUUUUCCUUCAAAAGACAGAAAAAGACUACAAACUUAUAGCUCUACGUUGGUUGAACCCUCAUGUAUUAGCUGCUGUAGACAAUUUGGAAAGAAUUCACAUUCUUGAUGUUAGAACAAUGGAAGAGCUAGAGCUUCUUGACCUGAGUAAUGUCCAAAUGGUUUACAGCAGUAGUUAUUUCAAGUCUUUGUCAACUGGUGGGAAUGUCAGCAAAGCUUUGGCAGCAGCAAGUGAAUAUUCCUGCUAUCAAACAGUGUCUGUCUUUAAUGGACAGAUUUUGAUUCUUGGUUCCAAGUCAAUUCAUGUGCUGACGAUAAGAACAUGGACAGAUAGGAUAUCCUUUCUAGUACGGCUGAAUAAAUUCCAGGAAGCAUUAGAAUUGGCAUUGUCGUUCUACACAGGCACGGCUAAGGCUAUUGUUGGYUUGUUUGGAAAUCUGGAAACCAGGCAGCGUGAGGUAGCACAAGAGAUCAAUGAACUUCUCUUGACUUAUGCUGAUGUAGUGAUGUUCACAAAUAGACCAACAACAGAGAGUUCUAAUGCACUUAAAAAUUACUUUAAGGAAUAUAUACCCAUAUUCAUCCAGUAUUGUUCUGCUGUCAAUCAAACAGAGCUGCUGUUUCGUGACAUUUACUACAAAUUCUGRGAACAUCCAAUGGGUAGAAUCACUUUUUUGGAGAGUUUGGAACCAUAUAUUUUGAAUGACAAACUGACGUCACUUAGUGCCAUUGUCAUGAAAGAUUUCAUUGAACAUUUUCAAUCCAUUGGUAAAGUCAAAGAAGUGGAAGCCUGUCUAUUACAUUUAGAUGUUACUAAUCUUGACAUUCAUCAGAUGGUAAAGRUGUGUUGGUCUCAUUGUCUUUACGAUGCUAUAUUAUAUGUGUAUAACCGUGGAAUGAGAGACUACACCACCCCUCUAGAGGAGCUACUAAGAGUUCUAGGGAGUGCUCUCCACUCUGGSAAACAACUGACAGAACAAGACCAAGGGUUAGGAUACAGGAUUUUAGUGUACAUUAGCUGCAACCUUGCUGGUAGAGCCUUCCCAGUUGGUGAAAUCCCAGAAGACAUUGUUACACUUGUCAAAACAGAAGUAUUUAAUUGCCUUACAGCCGUUCACACCAAAGAUGCUUACGAAACUGAGCCUACAUACCCAUACCUAAGACUUUUGCUUGAGUUUGAUACACUGGAAUURCUCAAUGUUCUUUCAAUGGCUUUUGAAGAGAGGGAGUUUGAUAAUGAUUUCAGGGGUCCAGAUAACACUUUAGGGCGCCAGCAUGUGGUUAACAUACUUCUACAGUUGAUGGUGCAAAACACUGGGUUUUCUCCAACUCAAGUUGGUAGRUUUUUCACUUUCUUGGCAAGGCAGAUGGCAAAGCACGAGAACACUAUAUACGUUAACAAAGUGUUGUUUGAGCAGGUUCUUGAAUAUCUUGCAAAUCCAGAUGAUGAUUCUAGACAUGAAGAACGACAACAGGCUUUGCUUGAAUUGCUUGUUGCCGGAGCACUGAGGCAGUUUGAUGAUGAUCGUAUUCUUGUUUUAGCUGAGAAUGCUAAAUUCUUUCGUGUCUGUGAGAUGCUGUAUGAAAAGAAACGGCAGUUUGCAAAAGUUUUGUCCUGUUACUUCAGAGACACUGCAAGGAAGGAUCAGGCUUUCAAGUAUAUCCAAAGCGUCAUGACUGAUGAUAUUUACACUGAUUUAGAAAGAGAAGAAGUGAAAGAUGCAGCAUUGAACAGUCUUGAGGAACUUGUGACCAUCAGUUGUUGGCAGAUGGCUAGUCUUAUUAUCAACUACUUUCCAAAUGCAUUGACUUCUGUUGUAUACCAGCUUGAGGAACAGCCAAAGACUCAGUACGAAGUCCUCAAAGGAGUAUUCGAUAGCAGGUCUCCUGUUGCUAAGCUGGAGCUUGUCCCUGAUGUGGAUGUACARGAGAAGUAUAUCGACCUGAUGUGUCAGUUUGAACACGACCAAGCUGUGUUUAGUUAUUUACGAGGCAGUGAUAACUAUCGGAUUGAGGAAACUCUUGCUAUCGUUCGAGGAUAUUCCUUUACAUACACCACGUCUUACCUUCUGGAGAAGGCUGGUGAUGUACAUGGAGCUUUUCAACUAUUACUAGAGACUUUGAAUGAGAAAGUCAAGAUGGCGGCUACUGGUUAUGAGAAGAGUGAAGACUUUCAAGCAUUGCGUAAAACCUUCAGUGAAAUAUGGGCUGUAAUGAUCAUCAUAACACAGCUUUGUCAAAGAAAUUCCUCGAGGUUUGACGAAGACGACAGAGAGGCAUUAUGGUUCCCGUUACUCGAGUCUGUCAUGGCGCCACAACGAAAGUGUCACGAUACGAGUUGUGAGUACUUCCGUGCUCUCAAAGAUUUGACCCGACAUGUCAUGAACAGCAUGAUGGGAUACAUCUCUCUCCCUGCAAUACUGCAGAAAAUAAUGCAGGACCCAACAUACAGUAGUGGGAAGUUUGGAGAAAUCAAGGAGCUUAUCCUUGGCAUGCUCGACACCUACACUUAUGAAUCGACACUUUUAAAAACCACCAACAGUCUUCUAGAGAAUGAUCUUUACYCAUCCAUGAAUCAUUUAAUAAGAAACCUCGAUAAAGGAGUCGCUCCUGAAGGCAUGGCAUGCCGGGUAUGUGGUAGACAUUUGUCGAACAUUGUUACCAACACUGCAGAAGUUGCUGUGUUUCGUUGUGGUCACACCUAUCAUGUAGAAUGUCUACAGGGCUACAACUCAGACUCACCCGAUACCAUGGUCUGCGCGUUGUGCCACAAAGGAAAACUAAUAAGAGCACCUUCUCGAAAAGGAAAGACUACGGCUCGAAAGGCUGAAGAUAAGCAGGCAUCCAAAGGAGUCGAUGCUCCCUCAAAAGUGGAAAAUAAAACUCACCACGGACUGGACCCAGAGAAAUUUGAAGCGAUCAGUCGGUUUAGAAGACAAAAUCGUGGACCUUCAAGGUUGGCCAUUCUAUCAGAGUUGUCGCGUACUAGAGAUGACAAUCCAUUCAGUCUGAGCUAUGGUUCAACUGCGUCAGCGUCGAGCAUUUUUCACGACGAGAGUUUUCGUUUACGUCUUGUUCCCGCCCUACCGCGUAAAGAAAGAUAACAGCUGAAAAUGAAUGUCUCAAAGAGCUGGUAAUCUUCAACGUGUUAGCAAUUUUAAUACAUACAAAUAUAAUGCAAUUAAAUCCAUGAAACUAGUUCUGAUAGCGUGGUUUUACUUUGAGUGUUGAAGAAAAAAAAGGACUAACUAAUUAUUUAGUUAUAGUGAAAAAUGACCAUCUAUGAGUUUGGCUAUUCACACUCGAAGGAAAACCACGAAAAUCAAAUUUGUUCCAGCAAAAAUGCGUUUCACAGUUUUUAUGAUCUCGCUCCAGUACACAUUCAUAGUUCAACCGAAUAUUCACUGUUCUUCYUGUUUCCUGCGUUGAUUUAGACAAAAAAUAGAGGCAGGACUUGUUGUCAGUCGAAGUAAUUAAAUAAUACAAUUYAAGAUCUUUAUUAUCAUAAUUUUACUGCCCGUAGUUGCACGUUCUUAUACAAAUCGAACCACAAUAAACACACAAAGGUUUUUUUGUCUAAGUUUUUUCAUUAUUCAAAGAUUUCGUGCAUGAGUUAAGAUGGUUUUAGUAAGGAGGGGCGAUCAUUUAUUCAACGAAUUACUGAUUCCACUUCAGUCUUUUCAAUAAAAUGACUCUAAAUUUGUAUAUAAUAUAGUAAAAGAAAAGUAUAUUUGAAUAAAAAUAUGAUAAUAAUGAA